GUCCGCAGUGCGGCAACCAGACACUGACUUGCACCCUUCAAGAUGUGGAGGCUGAAAAUGGGUGCGAGUCCACCACCACUGACAAUGAUGAACCUUGCUUUCCCUACAUGAUGAAUUGCAUCCAGGAAGCACGCGCCGCCAAAGGAGGCUGCUGCUCCUGUGACACAGGCUGGGGUGGGUGGCGCUGCCGUGACCCCCUUUGCUGGCCGCGCUGUGUACACGGGACUUGUGUUGCGCCAGAUCUCUGCCACUGCGAAGCAGGUUGGAAGGGAGAGGCAUGCCAGCACGCCAUUUGUACCCCGGAGUGUGUGCCUGGGCAGGGGACCUGUGUGUUGCCGAAUGUUUGCGAGUGCUUUUAUGGCUGGGGAGGAGACUCCUGCGAGGUGCCGGUCUCGGAGCCGGCCUGUGUGAACGGGGAUGCUGUGUCACCAGACGUUUGUCGCUGCGCUGAGGGUUGGGGCGGGCGGCUGUGUGACUAUCCAUUAUGCCAAAGCUGGCCCAUACCUUCACCAGAGUGUAUUCAUGGCACGUGCAUCAAGCCCUUCGAGUGCGAGUGCGAACCUGGGUGGAAGCCGUACCUCCCCAUCAAUCAAACAGGCUUUGAUAUCAUCCCGUUUUGGUCCCGUGGACAGGAUGUCUCCCAAGAGACAGCGGGCACGUAUGUCAAGGCCGACUCUCGAAUCUCCUUCCUGUCAUUUUGGGACCGCCAAUACAAUUCCUCCAAUGCAGCACAGUGCACAGUCCCAGAGUGCUCGGUCAUCGUGGACCCACGCUGCGUGGAGUGUGAAAACGGGGACCGCGGCUGGGACUGCUUCAAGGGCCCCAAGAGUGAGAUUGGAUUAAGACCACAUCUCUGGCAGAAGGCCAACUUUGUGGCCCUGAACCAACUGGUCUUGCGCUGCUCGCAUUGCGACCCGCUUUUUGUCCUGGAGCCAGUCCCAUUUGGUGAGGACCAAGGGAACGUCACAUUGGUGGUGCAGCGCAGCAUUUAUGCUCUGCGACCCGAGUACGCGAAGCCCAUCACAGUGCUGGUGCGCACGCGGGACGGCAGCGCCAAGAGCAGCAGCCUUGUCUACGGAGGAUUGGCGAGCUUGCUAGCUACCAGGCUUUUUCUGAAGGCCAAUCUGACCUUCAGCGUGGACACCUCUGUGGUAAUGCCCCUGGAAGGCUCGUUGGCCUCGAACUUCUCCAGCGCUCUGCAGCUGCGCUUCCAGGCGAGAAACGAUGCGAAAAGGAAAAAUCAAGAUGUGCAAUAUCUGAUAAAGGAGCGCAUCGAACUGCCCAUCAAAAUCUUCGAUGAUGUCGCUUAUCACCCAGAAUACCGUUACUUUGACGUGGAGUUGGUGCUCCCGCCUGAGUACCUGAUCGGGCACCAGGACAUUCUUAGCACAUCAAAAGGCCCGCUGUUUCCCUUCGUGACGCUUCGCCAGCACGAGACGGACCAGGCUAGGAGCACAGCAAGACGACAAGAGAGUUUUGAAAAAGUGUUCGCCUCCCGCCUCUUCCUUUGCCUCUUUGCCUUCUUUGCCGCUUCUUCCAAGGCCUGGCUGAUGCCACAGAACGUCUUCCGUGCUCCGAUCCUGGACAGACAGGAUGUGCUCAGCACCGCUCGCGUCUACAUCUGGGACCAUGUGGAGGCGGCAACAGCCAUCAAUACUUUCUGCUGCUCGGAUUGGGAAGUGAAGGAAGAGGAAGAGUGCUUGCGCCGGCUAUCGAGGACCUUGGUCGGAGAUGCUCGCAACGUGCUGAUCCAGGCACGUUCCGUGGCUGCAAUUCGCACCUUUGACGAUCAGCCGAUCACCCCACCCACCUCCAUUCGGUUUUCCAGUGUAGGCACCUACGCGGGCCGCUUCGUCCCGACCUUGGCCGGCAUCUACAAGCUGCAGAUUGAGAAGCCCGUGGCUGGCAUGUUCGCAGAGUACUGGUGGCACCGGAACAUUCAUCGUAACUCGCCCCAGCAGCCUGACAUCAGCCGCGUUGACCAUGUACUGGACUUCUGGUUCCCAGACGUGACCACUGCUCCGGCCUUUGUGCGCUGGAAGUUUAUCCUCCACUUUGCAUGUAUCCGCACUGAGCGCUGGCCAUUCAACUUCGGGCACGCUUUGGGCAUCAUCGCAUCUCCAGGCAGCGAGGUGCGGGCCUUUUUCUGGAAUGAUGGCUCCGUUACAAAGAGGGUCCCAGAAGAUGUGGUGCCGCGGAAACGCGAAAAAAUGAUCCGCGAGGACUGCAUGCAGGAGGUACCCUUCUUUAUUUGCAUCGAUCUGUUGUUCCAUGAUCCUGUGGUGGAUCCUUUUGGGUUCUACUCCUUUGAGAUCGAGUGGAGUACGCCCAUGGUGGAUGAUAUGGAGGAGAAGAAGCCUACGUCCAUCGAGAUCAUGCUCUAUCAUCAGAAUGACACGGAUUACUGGGGCUGGUGGCCAAUUAAGCAGGGAUGCCUGCUGACCAGCGGUCUCAACAUCCAAGGUAGCCCCUUCGAGGACUUCCAGGCCAUAAGUGGCAAUGCACGACCAGACUUCUCAACGGUGCUAGCCCUGCCCUACAACACCAUCACGAUGUCUGUAAUUGUGGACAGCCCAGCGGAGGUGAGGAUUGACCUCAGGGAUAUCCUGGGCCAACCGGUGGUCGGAGGUGGCAUGCUGCGCAGUAUCAGUGCCCGGCUAUAUACGCUGCAGGGUGUGAAAGAGAUGGAUUUGCCUGUGCGCUGGAGUGCGCAGGGGUAUUAUUCCGCGGCUUGGACACCGCUCCCCCCAGAUCCCAUCUACAACGAUGAUGUGAGCACUGGUCGAUACUAUCGGCAGCUGAUUGUCUUGCUUGAUGGGAAUCAGAUUCAAAACUCACCCAUGUCAGUGGAAAUCUUGCUGGCCGUGUCAGACGAAGAGCAGUCCUUUGUAGAAGCAGGCGCAGCCUUGCAGUCGAUUGCGGGUGAGCCCGUGUGGUUCCAGCUCCGCUCGGCCACGCUGGCGGGCCGGCUCCGGGUGACCGGCGGGGACCGCUACGAGGUCUACUUCGAGGCGCCAGAAAGCAGCGUGAUCGACAACUUCAACGGCUCGUACACGGUGAGGUUUGAGAUUCAGAGGCCCGGACGGUACAGGAUGCGGAUCUUCCUGAACGGCAAGGAGUCCGGAUUGGACCCUCCAAGCUGGAUUUGGGACGAGAUCAGUGCAGAGCUGUCCACUGCCAUUGGACCAGGCAUCAGCCCAAUGUCCCCGGGGAGUCCGGCAAGCAUCGUCGCAGGUGUGAAUACGACCUUUGAGAUCAGCGCAAAAGAUUCCUACGAGGUGCAGUACUUUGAAGGCGGUGCGAGCUUUGAGCUGAGCACGCCUGCAAUGCAUCAGGCACCGGCCCUCAACCAGACACAUGCUGGCUACGCGCCUCCAGAGGAUUACGUUGACAUUGUCGACAAUGGAGAUGGCA